UCCCGAAUAGAAUCCAAACUAUAAUAUAGGGCUCGAGGCUUUCUUGCGGGCCUGCGGCUACUAAUUAUCACAAGCAUGGAGGGGUGCCGCUGCCAGUUCUGGCUGCCGAAGAAGAACAGAUUCUGUGCCAACGUCCCUCUCGGCGAUUCUUUGUUCUGUGGAAAUCACAAUCCCAGGUCUGGCCAGUGGAUCCCAUGCCCAGUAGACCCUUCUCACUCCGUACUUAAGGAUAAUCUUCAAGGGCAUGUUAAGAGAUGCCCAUUACUUAAACAAGUUCAAUCCUUGACUCUUCAACCCUUCUACCAGAAGGGCAUAAAUGCUGGCAGAGAUGAAAACACAGAAGAUUUGGGCCACGUGUCUUCAGAAGUGAAGAGAGCUGCUGUUCAUGGUAUGGGUCUGCCUGAUUUUUUUAAAUUGAUUGAGAAGAUUGAAUCUGUUCAUGGGUUGGUAUGUAAGGAUAUUUGUGACUCCUAUAAGAUGCCGGAAGCUUGCAAUAUGUGGAUUAAGAGAGAAGUCGAUAGGAAAUUGCCAUUUCAGGAGAAACAUGUUGUGCAACAGGCAUCGAUUCUUGGCCACUUGGAAGAAUCUGGGGUAUUGAAGAAUGACGCUGGGAGGAAACAGUGCGACUCUGAGGGGUCAUAUGACGAUGGCAAAAAUGGCGUGUCUGCAGUGGUUGAAUUUGGAGCUGGGAGAGGGUACUUGACACAAAUGCUUGCCGAUUGUUACGGGAUCAAAAAGGUUUUUCUAGUUGAGCGAAAGUCAUACAAGCUGAAGGCUGAUCGUUCCUUGCGACAAAAAGAGUGUUUGAUAUUGGAGCGCUUGAGAAUUGACAUUGAGGAUUUAAACUUGAAUGCGGUUGAGUCUUUGCGGGGAAUUCCUUACCUGGCCAUUGGUAAACAUCUCUGUGGGCCUGCCACCGAUUUGACUCUAAGAUGUUGUCUUGCUGAACAUUCUAGUCCAGAUAAUGUUGAUUCCUGCAGCGGUAAUCAAAACCUCAGAGGUCUUGCUAUAGCAACAUGUUGCCAUCAUCUUUGCCAGUGGAAACAUUACACAAAUAAAAAAUAUUUAUCUACUUUGGGGAUCACCAAAGAAGAAUUCCAUGCAAUUACGUGGUUUACAAGCUGGGCAGUAGAUGCUGAUCAUGGUUCAGAUCUCCCUGACGUUACUGAUGUCCAACUGCAUCUAGAAUCAAUUGAAAGGGGAGGAGAAUGCAGCGGAGAUGCAAUUGGAGUGGAGGACUUUGUGAGGAAUAUGAAAGCAAUUGAAAGGGCAGCCUUGGGGUUUAUGUGCAAGCAGAUUAUUGACAUGGGGAGAUUAAUGUGGAUCAAGGAACGUGGUUUAGAAACACGGCUUGUCAGAUAUGUCCCGACUAGCAUCUCUCCUGAAAACCAUUUACUGAUUGCCAGACAUGCUAAUCAUUUUUGAGAUAAGAGUAUGGUUUUUCUUCUAUUUGAGCUUGGAUAAUUUCCUUUUUGCUAGAAUAUAGAUAUUGUAUUUCAAUCUCAUUCAAGUUUUUAGAUUAAUGAUGGUUAGAGUUUUGAGAUUAGCAAUUGCUUGUCAAGUGAAUGACAUCAAUAUAUGCAAUUUCCCAUUCAUUUCUUC